AUGCCUCAGAAGCAUUUGCCAAUCGGCUCGGCCGUAUUUGCAAACUUAGAAGAAGAAGGAGCCGCUCGUAUGGCUAUUUUCGCACUCGUCUACCGAUAUGCAGCUUUAUCCCAUGAAAACGUUCAACCUCUAGAGCUGGCUGCGUUGUUUGAACCCAGAGCAAAGAUACAGUUCUCGGACGGCUCAGAGAGACCUCCGAGUGAAAUCAGAGAGGUUAUUAGCCACCUGCCAGAGCAGCUGACGCAUCACGUUACGACAGUCGAUAUUCAGUUUGUUGCACCAAAUGAGGCUCGUUGUCAAGCCCAUGUAAUUGCCAGUACUCAUGUCAAAGCGCCUGAUCACUGGGGGAGAUGGGACAGCUACGUGAAAAGACAGGAUGAUGGAAAAUGGCUGUUUAGCAAAAAGGUUAUCACAAUGGAGGGAAUGGCGCCGGGUGGCUGGGUAUCCGGAAUCUGGGAAACAUUGCAAUCUACGAAGUGA